AAUUCUGAUCCAUCACUCUCUUCGGCUUUGGUGGGAGAGAUAACCCGAAGGAAAUUGGAGAAAAGGGUUUCCCUUUUCUCAAAUUCCCCUCUUCUCUCUCUACUCCUCGGCGCAGGAGUCAUAAUAUACACUUAUAGAUUAUUGUCUGUAUCUAUAGUUUUAUACGUAUUUGGUUCUGUAUUUUCUUCUUCUGUGUUGGAUAUGGAUUUGACUUCUCAAGCACCUGUUGAGGCUAAGGAGAAUUGCGGGGUGUUCGAGCAGAAGGGGAAGGAGAAUCAGCCGCCGCCGGCCUAUGUGUCUAUGGUGGAUCCCUUCCUCGUUGAGGCUCUUCAAAACCCUCGUCAUCGUUUAACUAUUCUACGGAUGGAACUCGAUGUCCAGAAAUUCUUGCAGAGUUCUGAUCUGCAGCAGUUCGAAUUUCCACACUUCCCAACUUCAUACCUUCGUCUUGCUGCACACCGUGUUGCUCAACACUAUGGUUUGCAGACCAUGGUUCAGGAUAAUGUUGUAGAUGGCCAAGGAAUAAGGAUUUUGGUUAUAAGAAAACCAGAGAGUAAGUUCCCCGCUGUCUGCUUAUCGGAUGUUCCAGCUAAAGAGUCAGAAAAUGGAAAACUUGAUCAAAUCAAGAUUGUUAUUAGGCCGAGGCCUAAAGCUUCCUCUGGCGACGCCAGUGAACUUGGGCUUAAACGGAGUCCAGUAAGAACUGUGGAGGAGAGGAAGGAGGAGUAUGACAGAGCACGAGCUCGUAUUUUCAGCAAUAGUAGUAGCUCUGAAUCAGAAGAUGCGUUGGCUCGGGCUACUUCUGAUGGAAGGAAUUUGAAUGUAGAUGAUAAUGAAGUUUCAAGGAACUUGGGUGUGGAUGGGGACAAGAGCCUCUGCAGCAGGGAAAUUGGCAAUUCCUCUAGAGUAGCAAUUUUUAGAGACAGGGAGAAGGAUCGUACUGACCCUGACUAUGAUCGCAGUUAUGACAGAUACGUCAAGAGUAUCCCAAGCACUCAGGGCUUCAGCAUGGCACCUUUUAAUAUGCAGAAAUUCCAGCCUCCAUUUGUCCAGUAUGAUUCUGUUUUCCCUCAGCUGGGCCAGAUGCCUGCUCCUCAAGCUUCUAUUAACUACAGGACCCCAGUGAUGAGCCCUUACUGUGCGAUGGGAUUAAGUCAGAUUUCUAGGGAUGCUUUGUAUAUGCAGUGGCCCACCCCGUCCAUGAUGUAUGCACAGUCGUAUGAUCAGCUAAGACAUGGCUUUUUCCAGGGGCCCUUCUGUCAGCAGCCUCUAAGUUUCGAUUAUUCCCAGAACCAUCAUCGAUAACAGGCGGAAUGCUUACUGGGGAAUGUCUGUAUUCUCUAGAAUUUCUUGAUUUUAGGUUUAAGUGUUGAAGACAGUUAAACUUGAUCUUUCAAUUUAGCUUCUGGUGGCCUUUUCUUUUUUGAUUUUGAAGUGGUGAAAAACUUUAUUAUGGUCUAAUUAUUAUUAUUAUUAUUGUUAUCC